UACCGGUUUCUCAAUUAAAGUUGAUAAAAGGAAUAAGAGCCUAGACUACAGAGAUAUGUUUCUCAGACUUAUAAAGGGAACCUUUUCCGUCAAACCCAGGAAACUUUUUGAAAACUCAGCAAGAAAUAUAAGAAUGGGAUCUUCCGUUAGCACAGCUUCAGAGCACCCCGUGGAUUCACAGAUGGAGGAAGUUACAAGUGAGAUUCUGAGGGCGGUGGCUAGGAUUGUCGAGGAGAACAAGCUCGUCUGCAACAAGUUCCCGAUACAAGAGAAGGUUGUGGAGUUUAAGCAUCCAAAGGACCUUGAAAAUAUUCUUCCAUUGAAUAUAGAGAGAGACGGUGUUGAAGAUAGUAAUCUAGACGAACUUUGCCAGAAGAUUGUGGAUUUGAGUGUGAAAACCUGUCAUCCAUAUUUCUUUAAUCAGCUGUACCAUGGGGUAGAUGAGUAUGGUCUAGCAGCAACAUGGCUUUCAGAGGCUCUGAAUACCAACAACCACACGUUCGAGGUGUCCCCCGCCUUCAUGGUCAUAGAACAGGCCUUGAUCAAGUACAUCACCAACCUCUUUGGGUGGGGGGACCAGGCCGAUGGUAUAUUUAGUCCUGGAGGAAGUAUAUCUAAUAUGUACGGGAUGGUUUUAGCUCGUCAGAACAAAUAUCCGGAUCUAAAAACCACCGGACUUUUCGGUCAAAAACCUUUAGUUGCCUUUACCUCUGAGGAAAGUCAUUACUCUAUAAAAAAGGGAGCAAGCUGGUUAGGAAUAGGGAUGGACAACGUUAUUAAAGUAGAAACAGAUCAAGGUGGGAAUAUGAAACCAGAAGCUCUGGAAGCCGCCAUCUUGAAAUCAAAAUCCGAGAACAAGGAACCGUUUUUUGUGAAUGCAACGUCUGGUUCUACCGUUACUGGAGCAUAUGAUGAUCUAGAAAAAAUACAGAAAGUGUGCACUAAACAUCCAGUUUGGUUGCACGUGGACGCCUGUUGGGGUGGAUCUGUCAUUUUCUCAAAGAAAAGACGACAUUUAAUGAAGGGAUCUGAGCUUGUGGACUCCAUAGCGUGGAAUCCACAUAAGAUGAUUGGUGCUCCACUUCAAACCUCUCCAUUCAUAACAAGGCACAAGGGUCUGCUGCACCAGGCAAACAGUGCCAAUGCUACUUAUCUGUUUCAGCAGGAUAAGUUCUACGACGUGAGCUAUGAUACAGGGGAUAAAUCAAUCCAAUGUGGGCGGAAGGUUGAUGGAUUCAAGUUUUGGUUUAUGCUCAAGGCACGUGGUGAGGAGUAUAUAGAGGAAAUGGUUGACAAUGCAUUCAAUAUGGCUGACUAUCUUCAGACACAAGUUCAAGCUAGAGAAAACUUUAGAUUAGUUCCAGCAUUCGAGAACAGGAAGUGUACAAAUGUAGGUUUCUGGUAUAUUCCGGAAAAACUACGGGGACAGGAUGAGACUGCAGAGUGGUGGGAGGAGGUUGGUAAAGUUGCUCCAAAAAUCAAAGAAAAGAUGAUUACCGAUGGAACAAUGAUGAUUGGGUAUCAGCCCCUACCCUUCAAGAACUAUAAGAAUUUCUUCCGUAUGGUAAUCCAUGCUGUCCCACGACCAAACACGGAGCAUAUGGAUUAUGUUCUGGAUCAAAUUGAAGAUAUUGGGAAUACAUUGUAAAACUA